UUGGGGCUGGUGGCGGGUCCACGCGUGGGGAGCUGAGCGGUACAGGCUCCUCUGGCAGAAAGGGCAGAGCACUGUCCCCGAGCAGGAAGGACCCCAAGAAGGGUAAGAGCGACCAGGGGAAGAGGUGGGAAGGAGACCGGUCCUCUCCAGUGUUUCUCCCCGGAGCCUCCCCCAAGCAGCCCCCCGCUCCCAGAGGGGUACAGACCCCCGAGCACGGCGCUCGGGCUCCCGCGUUCCGCUCUGGUCGGAAGCUCCGAAGCCUGAGGACCUCCUGGGCACCCCCCUCCCCGAUCCGCCAAAGCACCUCGGCUGGGGGGGGGAGCGGAGGGCGCCGGGGUCUGACGGUGUAGGCUGGGGGGCAGCAUGCCCGCCCCGCCGCUGGCCGCCCCGCUGCUGCGCGCCCUGCUCGCCCGCCUGCUGCCGCUGGCCCGCAAGCGCCUCCUGCCGCCGCUCCGCCGCCUGGGGCGCCGGCUGCGCUCCCGGGAGAGCCGCCAGGCCCUGCUCACCUGCCUGCUCUGCCUCCUCAACCUGCGCAAGAAGGUGGACGACUGAAGCCGGCCGGGGAAAGAAGGGAAGGGAAGGACAGGGGCGGGGCAGGGCGCGGCGCCUCUCCCCCGCCUCCCCUGCCCGCCGCGGGAGGAGGGACUCGGGCAGCGCAGGGGACGCGCCCCGGCGGGGGCGGAGGGUCCUCCCAGGCAGCCGAGGCCGGACGGCCGCCCGCGCCUCGCCGCUCCGGCCAUGGGAGCCGGGCCGCCCCCCGCUCCGCUGCCCCCCGCCGCGGGGCCGCCCCGCUGAGCGGCCCCGCGGGAAGGGAAGGGGCGGCCCCGCCGCCGCCGCCGCCGCCCGCCCCGGGGAAGGAGCCGGCGCCGCCCGGGCGGUCUCCAUCACCGGCGCUCCCGGGCAGCGGGGGCCUCGCUCUGUUGUCUCGCCCCACGGUGCCCGGCUCGGGCCCCCCGGCUGCCCCCCUGCCCGGCGACGGGGACGGCGAGGAUGUCCGGCAGCACGGCGAGGAAGGUGCAGCCCUUCACCAUCAGCACCAAGCUCUCGCUGCCCAAGUGUGCCGCCGACUUCCCCGGGGACCCCUGCCCCGGCAUCGCCCUCGCCUCCGCUCUGGACAACCACCGCGGCCUCCGCCGCAGCCUCAACGAGCGCAUCUCCCUCUACCUGGCCCAAGCCCGGGCCAGCCCCGCCGCCCCCGGGGUCCAGCCCCGCAGCCCCAGCCCCGGCGAGGAAGGGGGCACCGACGAGGAGCGGCUGAACCGCAACUCCCUCGCCCGCUCCAUUAAGAAGAUCACCCUGUCCAACUGGCACGGAGAGGCUGGCGCGGGGGACGCAGGAGGACCUGGGGACCCUGCCGGGACCGGUGGCGAGAGGAACCACAACAACAACAACAGCAGGCCAGGGAAAACUCAGUUCAAGGUCUUCCUCAGGAAGGAAGUAGAUGUGGAGGAUGAGCCACAGGAGGCCGGGAGUCCCCGGACUGGUGGUUUCUGCUCUCCAGUGGACAGACAUUCCCCCUUCUAUGCGCUGGCAGGAUCCCCAGCCUCAUCACCCCGGAAAGAGAGCCCCAAGGGCAAGGAGCCCACAGUGGCACCGAGAUGUGCUGGGCGAAGCAGCAUGGGACCGUCCCCCCUCCUUGACCUGAGUCCUCUGGUAGCCCAGUUCAACCGGGAGAUGCUGCAGGCAGAGGGCUGGGUGCGAGGCAAGCUGCGGGACCUGAAGGAUGGCUGCGACCUCCAGGACUGGGAGGAGGUGGCUCAGACCCUGCAGCGGGACAUGAAGGAUUUUGAGAACACACUGAUAAAGCUCAACCAGAUGGGCGAGCAGCUGAUGUGGCAGGUGAGCCCCAGUGCCGAAGGGGUGCGGAGGCAGCUGCUGGCCCUGCGGGACCAGUGGCAGCUCUUGAAGCAGACGGCCGCCAGCCAGAGCAAAGCCCUGGGGGGACUGCGGAGCCUGCAGGACUUCAACAGGAAAGCUGAGCAGUUGGAGGCGUGGAUCAGACACAAGGAGGAGAAGCCCUCCCUGGGAGCCCUCCUGCAGGAAAGCCCAGACAAGAUCCAGCUCACCCGCCGCAUCCUUGACUUGAAGCAGGAGGAGCAGCAGUUCCAGAGUCUGCACGAGGAGCUGAACAGUCUGGCCCAGAAACUGGAGAAACAAGGCAAAAGUGAGAGCAGGAACAUCUCAGCCCGGCGCAAGCACCUCAACAAAGCGUGGCUGCGACUGCAGGGGACCCUGAAGGAGCACCACGAUGCUCUGCAGCUGGCCCUGGAGGUAGCUGCCUUCCUCCAGCAAGCAGAUACCCUGCUCAGGGCCAUUCAUGCCAAGCAGAAGAAUGUCUGCAGUGUGGGUGAGCCAGGCCGGGACCGAGACGUCAGGGACAUAGCCAGCCAGGUGAUGAUGCUCGAUGUGACCGUGUCCCAGCUCCUCAGCCUGCAGCCCAGCCUGGCAGCCCAAGUUGCCCCCAAGCAUCGAGAUGUCAAGGAGAGCUGGGCACUGCUUCAGCAGUCGCUGAGGACGGAGAAGUCUCCAGUACUGGUGAGCAGUUCCCCAGGGGGCAACACUGUGGCUCCGAGUGCUGAGUCCCAACGAGAUGAUAGUGUGCGUGGAGCUGUGGGGAAGGAAGCAGGAGACAAACGGACAAGAGGCCCCGGGAGCAUGGUGCUGAAGGACGUGCUGGGGAAGAUGGUGGAGCACGAGAGAGGGGAGGAGAGCAUCCCUGGCUCCAUAGCGGUGGGGCAGCCCCCUCGUGGCGGGGACAGCAAAAGGAGGAGGAGAGAGGCAGAGGCUGAGUGGGGGACACGGCAGCUGGAGACCCAGGUGCAGGACGUGUGUCAAGCAAUGAAUGCAACUGUGUCCCUGCACAAGGAGAGCAUGGGUCCCGGGGAUGUGGAGAGCCUGGAGGCAGCACGGACGCAGCGGGAGCCCCUGGAUCCCAGCUCCAGUGCUAGGGCUGUGCUCCUGGAGGGGCCAGCACCGGGAGGGUCCCCGGGGAGCCCACAGGUGGAAGCCAUGCUGCGGGAGCUGGGGGAGCUGUGGGAGGACCUGCAGAGAAAGCACCAGGAAAACGGUGCCGUGCUGCAGGAAAUUGAUAAGGCACUGAGGCUGGUGGGGGAGCUGGACCGGGCUGAGCAGUGGCUGCAGGCUGUGGCUGGGUCACUCUCAGAGCCAGCCACCAUGAGAAGCCCAGCGGAGCUGCGCAAGGAUCUGGAGGAGACAGGCCAGCUGGAGAAGCAGCUCCUACUAUGCAGCCUCAAGCUCCAGGCACUGAGGGAAGAGGCAGUGGGCGAGCCACCUGCCGAGCAUGAGGGGGCAAGGAAGAUGCAGAGGAAGGUGGAGAUGGUGGAAGAGAAGUUGGCACGCGUGCAGGCAGCCCUGUGGCGCCGGGUGGCAGACCUGCGUGACUCCCUGGUGCUGUCGGAGUUCCUGCAGGAUCUGCAAAAGGAGGAGGCACGGAGCCAGCAGGGACCUGCAGCGCCAGGGAGCGGGUGUUGCGGCUCGCCAGGGUCUUUUCCCCUGCUCUCGGCCCAGGCCAGGCAGCUGCUGAGCAGCGAGGACAUGAGCCUCCCCUUGGGAGAGCUGCAGGAGGCUGUGGAGAUGCUGAAUGAUGCAGCAAAGGAGCGGGAGCGGGUCAUGGAGGUGGCAGCGGAGACGGAGAGCCUGGAGCGCCUGGUGGCAGAAGUGUCCCCGCAGCUGGAGGCCCUUCGAUGCAGAGCUGAGGCACUGGCUCGUGACACUGCCCAAGCAGAGAGCAGCUUCACCACAGUGAAGAGUGAGAAGGACCUCCAGGGGCUGCAGGGCUUGCUGAGCCGGCAGCAGGAGAUGGAGCGUGUGGUGUCGGAGACCCUGCAGAGGCAGCUGGAAGAGCUGGAGAGGGCAUCUGCCCGCUUGCAAGAGCUCUGCCCUGCCCGGCUGUGCCCUGUUAGCCGGGAGGUGCAGAAGACGCUGUGGGCCUGGGCAGGGCUGCAGGAGCUGCUGCGGGAGACCCGGGCCCACGUGCAGCAGGCUGACCAGCUGCGGCAGUUCUUCAAGGAUUACUUAGCCAUGAUCUCCUGGACAGAGGACACGCGGGCUCAGAUCUUCUCUGAAAGCCCAAGUGGCCAUGGCCUCCCAGAGACUCCAUGUGAGGAGCUGGAGAGGAGGAUUGAAGGGAAGCUCAAGGAAUUUGAGGUGCUUGCAGCAUCGGGGAAGCAGCUGGUGUCUGAGGAGCACUACCUGAGUGCAACGAUAAAGGAGCGCUUGGAGGAGCUGCAGAGCAUGCUGGGUUGGGUGCUGGUGCGCUGGCGAGCACAGAGGCACCAGCGGGACCCAGGGAGCAAGCAGGAGGACAGAAGGGACCUGGAGAGCCCCUCAGGCACGUCUCCCACCGGCCAAGAGCAGGGUGCCCCAUGUGCUCAGCCCCAGCUGGAGAGCAUCCACAGCCCAGCGGAGUUCAUGCCUUGCUCCCUCCUCAAGCCCAUGCAAAGAUCAGAGCCAUGGCUGCCAGUGGGAACAGCCAUCUCCCCACCGGCAUCACCCCUCUCAGAUGCCCCAUCAGAAGCGGAGCGGAGCUGGGGGGAGCCCAGCAGCUCAACACCUCACAGUGUGGGACCCCCCGAGGAGGCUGUCGCCUGGGAUCCCGCUGAGACCUCCACGCUGCUUCUGCCACCACGGGGCCCCAGCAGGCUGGGGGGGACAGUCAACCUCAUCCUCAGCAUCAGCAAGAAGGGCGAGAAGAAGGCGGCACAGCCAGCGGCCAGCAGUGAGCAGCCGGGGGAGGAGGCGCUGCGGACGCUCCCCACCACUAAACCCUCAGGCUGUAAAACCUUUUGGAAGCGUUGCCAGGGGCUUUUAGGAAACACUUGGGGUAGUUUAAAGAGAAAGAGAAAGCCGCCUCGCCAGCUGGUGGAAGAGGUGCAGAUGGAGGCUGGGAAGACCCCCAGCGUGAAGCGGCUGCCCGCUGUUGCCCGUCACCCUCUGGCAUGCAGUGGCGGGACAUCAGCUGCCUCCCACACCCUGCCCAAGGCUGGGGCCGGCUCCCUCUUCAACAGCCUGCAGCGGCGGGAGCAGGCGAGGGCUGAGCAGGCCCGGCUGCUGACACUGCAGGGCAUCAUGGGUGCCAGCUCCCUGCAGCCUGCACCUGAGGAGCACCAUGGCCCCAGCAACACGUGGCCGCAGAAGUGCGGCCGGAGGAAGGGGGGGCCAGGGGCGCCCGCUGCUGGCCCCCAGCUCGGGGAGCUGCUGCUCUAUGUCAGGAACCCGCUGGUGCGGGACAUCGAUGCAGAGUGUGGGGCGGCCCCCCGGGACCCCUGCCUCCCUGACCUGAAAACCACGUGUCCCCACCUUGCCCUGGGCUCUGUGCUCAGCCUGGAGCUGCCCCGGGAUGCAGCGGUCCUGGGGUGCCAUCAAGGGGCUGUGGUGCAGCAGGAGGAGGCAGAGGAGCAGGAGCAGAGGCAGGGUAGGGGGCUGAGGCCAUGGGAACCCACAGGCAUGCAUGGGACUGGAUGGCAGGAGGAGGCAGAUGUGGAUGGGCACAGUCCCCAGGGGCCUGGCAAGCAGCUGGGGACGUACCCCAAGAGCGAGCAAGGAACGUGGUUUGAAGAGGUGAGCUUCAACCCCAGCUACAGCCAGCAAAAGGCAUGCCAUACUGGGGAGGAGCACUGGAGCCCUCGGCACCCUGGCAGUGUUGGUGAAGACCUCCUGGACUUCAGGGCGAGCCGGCCAGCCCGUGUUGGCAUGCUGCAUAAGCAGGUUGGCCGGGAGGGGGAUGAGCUGGCCAUCCGGCUGGGCCAGGACAGCAGCCCUGGCACCAGCGGCAGGGCCAGGCAUCACGACGCUGCUCGGCUGGAACCCAGGCCAUCCCCAGCUGGCGUCCCAAGCAGGGCAGGAGCUGCCCCCAGCACUGCCCACACACAGCAGCCAGCUGGCAGCGGCCAGCCCGGUGGGUCCCCAGCUUCCCCCACUGCCCCCAUGCAGCUCUCUGUCUUCGAGUGGGCGCUGGGGUCCCCCCAGCCCCCCAGCCCUGUGCCAGGUGCCAGUGAUGCUUGCCACCCUGCCCAUGGGCAGUUUGAGGAAGAGGAGGAGGAGCUCCAGGCCAUUUGGGAUGGGGUGGGUGAGUGGCGGGCACCUAGCCCACCAGCAGGCAGCCGUGCCCGCCAUGGGCCAGGGAGCAGGGCAGGCAGCCAACCCAGCCCCAACACCACCACCAGCGGGCCCCUCGUUGUCUCGGCGGCCAACAACAUGCUGGUGGCCAAGUUCACACUUCCUGCCACCGCCCGGCUCCUCCACAGCCCAGUGGGAGAGAAGAGCCCCAGCGUGGGGCACAGCAGUGGUGGCAGCCUAAGCAGGCACGGGGCAUCCCCCCGCACGGAGGAGCCAAUGUCCGCAGCCCCCUUGGACAGCCCAGGCGCAUGGGAUCAGCGGAGGCAUGGGAAAGAGGAGAGAGAAAGUAGCAAGGCCCCCCCCAGUAAAAUGGAGUUUCAGAUGAUGGAGGGGACACUGGAAAGGAAGCAUGUGUUGCAGACAGGAGGAAGGAAGGCCAACUGCCGUGCCUGGGGCCUCUUCCACGCUGUGCUGAUGAGGCAGACGCUGUGCUUCUACCAGGACCGCAGGGACAGCCUCAAGAGCUCUGUGGUGGCCCUUCCCCUGAACCUCUCCGGGGCAGUCUGCACCCCAGAUGCUGAAUACACCAAAAAGACCAACUGCUUCAGGCUACAGCUGCGGGAUGGCUCUGAGUACCUUCUGAGGGCCCCUUCCCAGAGCCUCAUGAACGAAUGGGUCUCCAAACUGCAGCAAAACUCAGGUUUCCCCGAAGUGGAUUACUUCCAGGCAGCGGCACAACAUGUCGAGGGCACCGGCGGUGCUGGGUGUUUCAGCAAGGUCCCCAGCCCUGGGAGCUCCCACCUCCAGGGACAUCAUCAGGUCAUGACCACCAAGAGCCAGGAGAUCGUGGUGCUACCCUGCUCAAGUGCCCGGCCACAGCAGCCUCUAGGCAGCCAGGAUGGCCCGGCUGAUGGGGCUGUUGCAGCAGCAGAGGAUGCUCAUGGUCCCAGGCACAGGGAGCAGCAGUGGUCACCCAGGGGGUCCCCUGGGCUGUGGGACAACAGCUGCCAAGAAGACAACUACGGGCUGGUGGCCAACAAGAGGAGGUCCUACUCCUUCACCUCAGCCACUUACCAGAAGAUCACCCCGGUGGCUGUACCCAAGGAGCCAGUGGAGGCUGGGAGCAGCUACUCUGUCACGCUGUACAUUGGGGAGCAAACUCCGGCCAUGCCGCGGGCACGCUGCCACUCCUUUGUGGCCCGGCCAGGGAGCCCACGGGACACACUGGGGGAGAAGAGCCCCGAUCCUCCUCGCCCCAAGAACAAAUCUGUCUUCAAGAAGUUCUUUGGGAAGAAGGAGUGAGACCCAGCUGAGGGGGGAGAAAAACCCCAGCCUGCCCUUCAUCCUCCUCUCAGGUGCCAUCCUGGUCCAGUCUCUGCUCCCAGCACCAGCUCACUGCCCACUGCCUCCCCGGGCAAGACAGGCUGCAGCAAGCGGCUCCACUCCAGCUGGCCCCAGGGCUGCACUGUGCCCCAGCCACCGCUGCCCCCGGCCUCAGCCUGGCACUGGGCACCCCUCCUGCCCAUACCCUGGGUGCUCUCCCUGGGUGCUGCCAGCUCCCUAGGCAUCUUGCUGACAUGCAGCACAAGCUGGGUGGUGGUGGUGGUUGUUUUUAUUAAAAAACAAACAGACA